GCGGCGCGCGUAGCUCUCAUAUAUGAUGGAGUGCUAAAUUUUAUGACACUCUAUAGUGUUUUUUUUUUUUUUUUGUUCUUAAAUAUAUUUUAAAAAAAAAACUAUGAAUACCAAAAUAUUGAGCAGAAUAUUUUUCGUUAUUUCCAACCCUAGAAUUAGAAAAUAAACUUUUAGGCUUCAUGUAAACAGAAGCAGGCCUAGCCUUGUGCAGAUUCGUGAAAAUAUAACUGACCAAUCAGAAGAGACGAAAUACUUUGUUCACAGAUCGAAAGUAGGACGGAAAUUAAAUUUAGUGCAUUCGCAUGGUCGGAAUUAACAUCUAGUCUAGCUCUGCUCAAGUCCAAUGUGUGUUAAUAAAAACACAACAUAAAGAGAUUUUGUUUUACACAUUAUGUGGUCUCUUAAAAACAUGAUUAAUCAGUGUGUUAAAUGUGGUUCUAAAUUUACUUCUCCCGAGAAACCGUUGAAACUUUUGCCAUGUCUUCAUUCAAUGUGUUUAGAUUGCUUGUAUGGCCGAACUCCGGUUCGCGAAUUACUGGAUAAGGCUGUCGCUAAAGAAAAAGCGGGAUCUAUUGAUAAAAAAACGCAUUCCAGUAAAGAUGUGGAAAAAAGUGCAGAUGACUUGGAUAAAAAAAGCGUUGAUGAUGCAGACGCCGAUUCGUCAAAAUCUGAGACAAAAAGCGAUGAUUCUGCUGGUAACAAAUCUCCCAUAAAUGGAGAUGGUAAACAAGAUGGACAGGUCAGUGAGCAGGAACCCGAUCCUGAAGUUUCGUCUGACGUUACCAAAAACGCGACUGAUGGGUCAAGCUCUCAAACAUCAUCCCCAGGCCCAUCGUCUUUGGCAGAAAACAGCGUAUCUAAUGUUGAUAAAGAUGGAACCAAAAACGAUACAGAAGUUUCAGAAGAUUUGGAUCAUUUAGUGGAUAUUAAACCUAAACCUGUUACAGAAUGCCCUGUCUGCCGUGAUCCCAUCGAUCAACCUGGAACUAGCCUAAUGGAUAACAUGUUUGCUGCCCUGGAUCCUGACCAUGCAGCAUCCCCCCAAACCAACACAAAACACAUGUGUACAGCAUGUGAUGAAGGAGAGGAGGCUGGCUCCUACUGCUUGCAGUGUGAAGAAUGGCUUUGUGACAGCUGUGUUGAUGCUCACAAGAGAGUUAGAAUCACAAAAGACCACACAAUAUCUUCCAAGGAGGAUGUCAGUGCCAAAGUUGUUACAAGUAAAUCUCCAUGGGAGCAGCUGAUGAUGUGUAAGCAACACAAACAGGAACAACUGAAAUUUUUCUGUGAAAAAUGUGAAAAAUUAACUUGUAGAGAUUGUCAAUUGAUGGACCAUAAAGAACAUAAAUACCAAUUCCUUGAUCAGGCUGCAGAGCAAUACAAGGCAAGGUUAAAGGGCAGUUUAGCACUCAUGGGAGAGAAAAGAGCUAAACUGGCUACAAGUAGAGAGGAAAUAGAACAGAAAUUAAACAAUUGUAAAGAGCAGAAAGAUAGCCUGCAGCAAGAAAUUCUCAAGCAAGCAGACAUUUUAGUCAAAGGUAUAAGGCAGGCUGUUUGGGGUGUUUUGUCUAAUCUUGCCUCUUUUACUGAUGCCGCCACCAAAAGGCUGAACAAAGAGAUAGAUGAUGUAUCUGAUCUGGUAGGCAAGUUUGACCACUGUAUACAGUUUAUGGAAGACAUCCUAAGUGAAGGCUCCAGUAUGUCUUUGCUGUACUCCAAAGGCAAUGUUGAGACUAAGUGUCGCAAAGUAUACCACACUCAGGUGGAUCCCCAAUCACUCAAAGGUACACUGUUGAUUCAGUACAAACAUGAUGUUAAUUGGCUGCUAGGCAAUCUCAACAAGAUAGGGGCAAUUUUUGUUAACGGAGUGCGCUACCCCCCUGAUAAAAAUGGACAGGUUGCUCGCCAGAGCUCUGGGAGUAAUUAUCAAGACUCCAGGUCUGCAGCUCUUAGUGCAACAAGCCCACAUCUACAGCACAUGGCUAAUCAGCCUAUUCCUGGUCAGCGUGGACAUUCUGACUGGUCAAAAUUUAUUCAGUCCAAUGCCAAGCCACCGGCACCACCAAACAUGACAAUGAGUCCUAUAGGCAGUUCUUCUUCACUGCCCCCUCAGCUAACUCUGCCAUCUAAUCGCCGACCACAGAGCGGAUCCAUUUCUCAUCCAUGGCAGGCUCCACCUGGUAUUCCUGGUUCAAAUUUCCCUGGUCACUUUGUUGCUGGUCAGCUCCUCACACCUCAUCAACAGCCAUCUCGACCUGCAUUUACUCCCAUGAGACUUCAUCAUAGACCAGCUACUCAGCCAUCUUUCCCUGGACAGAUUGACCACAGAUCUCAGAGUAUGCACAGUCCUCCUCAGUAUCGUAUGGGUGGUGAGGCUAGUGGCACGCCCAGAUCUGCCCAUAGUACACCUGAUCCAGCAAGACCAGCAAGUGCCGGAAUGUAUGAUGGGACUGUUAGGCCUGAUAGUGGGGGGUCAGCCAUGGUCGAUAUCAAAAAAGAAAAGCGGGAUCACUCUCCUGAUUGUGUUAUCAUGUCUACCAGCUUGAAGACAGAGCGAUCACCUGCAUUUCAAACAAGUCCUUUGAAGCAGUCAGAGACAGUACUGGAAAUGCAAAGAAAUCUUGAUGAAGUAAUCAGAGCUGUCCCAAUGGACAUGAGUGACAAUCUAGAGCAGAUAAGUGGGCCCAAAACACGAAGUCUAGACAGUGGGCACAAUACUCCAAGGACAUCUCCAGGACCAUCUCAUCUGGAUAACCACGUUGAUGCGCCACAUUCUCCGACAGACCAAGAGCUGAGGGAUACCUGGCAAGGUGGUAACAUGAUGCCAGGUUUCUCCUUGUCACAGGCAGACAACCAGGGAGAUCCUAAUGAUGAUUACUGUGCUUGCUGCCACAAUGGUGGAGAUGUUUUGUGCUGUGACAGGUGCCCAAGGGUUUUCCAUCUACAGUGUCACAUUCCAGAACUUUCUUCAGUACCAAGUGGAUCAUUUGUUUGUACUAUAUGUGAAGGAGACAAUCCUAUUUCUCCAGAAGAAUCCAGUUCAGGAAAACGCAAGUCUCAAAGUGGAUUAGUAGAAAAUGAAGCAAAAGUUUGUGAAAGAAUUCUCUUGGAUUUGUUUUGUCAUCCAUCAAGUGUCCCAUUUCAGGAGCCUGUCAAUAGAAUUCAAGUACCCAACUAUUACAAGAUCAUCACACAGCCAAUGGAUUUUACUCAGAUUAAGUCAAAGUUACAGCGCAGUCAUCCUAACCAUUACCACAGCAUCAAAGCUUUCCUUUAUGAUGUUAGACAAGUGUUUGUUAAUUGUGCCAUUUACAAUAAGGCUAGUUCUGAGGUAGGAAAAGCUGGCAAAAUAGUUAGAACUGUGUUUGAAAGCAUCAUUGAGCGCCUCAUGCCCCAGUACCUGAGUUUUGUCAAAGAAAAUCCAACACCUUGCUUCAGUGCUCUCCAGAGGAAUGACCCUGAAGUCUUCUCUGAAACAGAACCAAGCUCUCCCAAAAGGCAGAGGCUGGAUGAGUGAUAGUACUAAUACUAUUGAAUAUUUUUGUUUUAUUCACCACUGGCACAAGCUUGGAUUUUUUCUUUUCUGGCUAUAAAGAAUUUGAAAAGGCAUUAACAUCGAGGAUGGAUUGACCAUUUUUCUGUCCUUCAAACUAUGUGAAAAACUGGACUGCUGUUAAAGUCAUCACUAAUAACAUAGUGGGAUAAAAGUUGGAUUAUUCUAGUGAACAGUUCACAUGCUGUGUAGACAUGUUUUAUUUCAAUCUGGAUAUUUUACUAGUGACACAGAUAUCAUUUUUUCCCCUUGGAUAUUAUUUCAUUAGGAUGUAACAGAGAGAAUUGGACUUAUUAUCACAACUUGUAUUUUGUGUUUACAUUGGUAAGUCCUUGUUCACUGUGUGAUCUAAGUAAGCUUUAACAAUACACAACUAAGUAACUGACAAGAACUAAUUGACUGAUGAGUCAAGUAACUGACAAGAACUAAGUACUGACAAGUCAAGUAACUGACAAGAGCCAAGUGACUGACAAGAAUUAACAGACAAGACUUAAGGGACAAGAACUAAGUGUUGUGUGAUACAUGUAAAUUGUGUACAUGUAGAGCUAGUCAAUAGUGUUUUGUUUUUUUAUUUUCUGUGCUGCAGUACUUCCUUAAACUAUGCAUUUUGGAUGCUGCAGUUUUCUUAGUAGGGUGCCUCACAUUUUUAUUUUGUUUUGAUUGGGCUCAGUAGAAGACUUCAUUACGACAGGCAUAUGGGCACCUUGGUUCAGUACUAUUAAGUGACAAGUAAUUAGGGAACUCAAAAGGUGGAUAGCAUUUAUCAUAUUGGUUGAUACAUAUGUAAUUUGAUUUCUACCUUCUACUGCCAACCUUUUUUUUUUUGUUAUGUACAAGGUCACAGACUAGUUUUUAAUUGCUUUAAUUCUGACCUAAUUUUGAUACAUGGGUGUCAUAAAAUGAAUAUAUUUUACUCCUGUUGUUGUUGCAAUUUCUACCCCUUUUUUCCCCCCUAUAUCUAUAAAUGAAUUUUUUUUUUCAUUACUUGUUUGAUAUGUUAGUACUGUAACAUUUUAAAAAUGAUUAUAAUGCAGUUUUUAAAAUGUUUAUAGUUCUCCCUCAGGUCAAAUAUCAUAUUUAUUUCUUUUUACUUGACUCUAUGACCAUAUACUUUUUAAAUCAGGAAAAUAAAGAUAUAUAUGGCAAAUUUAUCUGUGUUUCCUAUGUUACCACCAUAUUAAACUUAAUACAAAUAUUGUUAUAACAGUUUUGUAACUCUUGUUCUCCAUAAUUAUUUUCCACGUUUCAACGAUGGAAUUAUUCACUUUGCUCAUUCGUCAUGCUCUACCAUGUUAGGAUUAAUCUUCAAUUGAUGGCACUACCAUUGAAAAAUGAAAACUAAACUGACUGUGAACAAGUUGCGUAGAUCUCGGAAAUAUUUUAGGUUUCAAAUUAACAUUAUUUUUUAUAAUAUUUAUCCAUAUUUUCACAAUAUUUUAUAUAAAACAUUUAAAAACUUAAAUGAUUAUCUUGAGCUCAUUAUCCCAUGUCACUAGCAUUGGAAACAUCAGUCUAAAGAAAAUAUAAGCACCCUGCUUUGAGAAGGAUGCUUUAAAUAAGUUCUCAGUAAGUGCAUGUUGUUAAGAAAACAAAAUCUGUCUUACAACAGAGACUAUUCAAGAUGAAAUUUUAAGCAAUUUUUUGGAGGAAAGAAAACAAAAUUAAUUAGUAUUUAAGGAUUGACAAUGGCAUCAUUGAUUUGACUGAAAUGAUGGCUUCAAUUUGACAAAGGCAUCGUAGCAGAGAGAAAAAGUUAAUUUACUGUUUUGAAAAGCAUUGUUUGUGUGUCACAGGUCCGUACUAAGAUAAUUGUCAUUGACUUGUUACUGACCUGGUUUGAUUAAAAGAAGUACUAACUUUGAUUAAUGAUUACUGAAUUAAAUUUGUAAACUUGACCUGCUUGGAAUCUGAGAAAUGAUGAUUUAGCUCUGAAUUUUGAAAACUACUCUUACUUUACAAAUGGCACAAGUAAUGUUCUCCAGUGACAGCUAUGUAUCAUGCAAUUAAUUCCUACCCUGUCUUAGAAGGCUAGCUAGCUAAUGUUUAUCCUACCACCUAGUUUUUGCCUGGGUUAAUUAGGGUAAAAUAAUGCUAAGACCAGCAAAUGUCUUUGGCUUAAAUGAAAUUAACAGGCAUUUCACUCCUAUGUAAAACCAACACACAGGGCUAGAAUAUUUUACCUUUAAGGAUUGUUCCAUUUGUAGAGACCUAAUAUUAAAGCCAUUAUUCUCUUUUUCUGAAGACCAGAGCAAUCAAUGUAUAGUAUAUAUUUUUUUAUUUUUUUUAUUUUUGUAGUAGUGUCAAAACAACCUUUAUCGAAGGUAAAAGUAUGAUAGAAUACAUUUCAAAUAAGAUUUUAGAAGUUAACUUAAAAUAAAAUUAUAAGAGCUACUAACUUAAAAUGCUAAAAAUGGCUUUGUACAUGCAUCUCUAAAGCUGAUGUUUAAAACACAAUCUGCCUGAAGUAAAAGCAGUCAAUUUGCAUGAAUAUUUAAAAAAAAAUUAUUGUAAUGCCAAUAUUAAAUGCCAGUAUUUUUCUGUUUUAAAAAGUCUUUAAAAAAUAGUUUGAUCUCAACAUAAGUUUUUUUUUUUUUUAGUUGCAAAGUAAUGGUAUUCCUAGUGUACUUCCAUUCUUAGGUAACUGAUUAGUCUUGACUAAAGCUUCCACAUACCUUGACAUACAAUUACACCACAAGGUUUAUUUAGAUUAAAUUGAGUAGUGUUUUUAUGAUUUGAUUGCCAAUAGUAGGAGUCACAUUUUAGACUAAAUGAAGAUUUGGGUGAAAUGAAUGCUAACUUUUUGUGUCAGAUGAAAUAGAAUUUCAAAAUAAUACCAGAUUAAAUUUUACAUGCAUCAAAUCAAACAAAUUGUAAAAAAAAAAAUAGCAUUAGUUAAGUAUCAAUUGAUAUACUGACCAUUGAGCUAUGUGUGGGCUGAAACUAUUCCUAACAUUUUCUGACUAUGAAGUUCAACAUUUUGAUUUUUUUUAUAAAGUUGUAAAUAUCUGCUUUCUAGAGAGCAUUCUUAGUGGAUUUAUAGAUAUAGGCCUCCUUUUUUUUUUUUAAUGUUUUGGUCAAUAUUUAGUUUAAAAUAUUAACAAAUUUUCCAAACCAGAUGCUAUGACUAUCAAAGAAGACACAGUACUGGUAUAUAGUUGAGACAUUUGAAUUGUAUUGAGCCAACUAAAAUUUUUAAAAAUCUGAUUAUGGUCAAGAAAGAAAAAAAGUCAAAAGAUUUCUGUAAAAGCAAUAUUCUUGAACAACUGAAGCUUUUUUUUUUUUUUUUUAAGUUGAUUUUGUUUUGUUCAUCCUCCCACCUUUGAUGUGAAUGUUUUUAAACCUCCAAUUGCCUUGACCUAUUUAUUUGAUAGUUUGUAUCACAAAGUGUGUUAUGAUUCCUCUUAUUUACUUAAACCCAUUUUAAAACAUUUAUAUCUAGAAUAUUUUUAUAUCUUUCUAAAUUUGUGCAUCAAACUAAUGCAAUUUAAAUUGUAGGUGAUUGCGUUUUUUUUUUUUAGUUUUUUUUUUCUGUGUAAAUAAUGUACAGGUUCAUGUAGGGGUUGGGAUCUUUAUGUGCUGUGUCUUGGAUCAGAUGUUGUUUUUUUUACCUGUCUUUAUUUCCUGUUUAAUUUCCGUGUCAUUCACUUGCUGAUUUCAUCACCACUGUUCUCAUUUCAUCAGCUUUUUUUUUUCACUGUUUAAUUUAUUGAUCAUCUCUUCCAUCCUCUGUUGAAACUAUUUUGUUUCUUUGCCUGUCUCUUAAUGAACCUUUGUUUGUGUCUGUCUUUGUCCGUCUAUUUGCUUCAAAUUGUUGAGCUGUCUGUGUCCACUUCCAUACUUGGCUGUCAGCAUUUCAUCUUGCUUCCAUGGCAUUUUGUCUUCAAGGAGAUCAACUUUGGUAUUCUUUUGUAUGUGCUGGUUACAAAACAUGAAGUGACACUUUGCUUCAGGAAUAUAUCAACUCAUUAUGACAUCAGAAUGGCUCAGUAAUUCAAUUUUGAGAAAGAUAAAAAUCAGAUUCAACACAACUCACUUUUGUGGGGAUUUAAAGCUUUUUUUUUUUUUUUAACUACCUUACAAUUUGAACACAACCUUGCAUGCAUGUAUAUAAUAUUAGUUCUGGAAUGUGUCAUGUUAAAAAUGUAUUUAUAUUUAUAAUGAAAUACAACUUAUUCUGUUGAAUUCCUUGGUUUUCCAACAAUGUAUAUAACCUAGGAGAUGUGUGUGAAAGAACUGGGCUUCACUACUAAGGUAACACUAUUGUGCAGUAGAAUUGGUUCAUUACGCUGGAGUGAGCUUGAUGUUUCCUGACUUGCCAACAGAGCAGACAACUUGUAGUGAACCAUGAAUAAAUCAACUAUGACUAAA